AAGUAGUUCCGGUGAAUUGUCGGCGGAGGGAAGUCAAGAGAGCGGUCUCCUCGAGUCCUCACCAGACGCCUGGAGUCAAACGCGGACAUCGGGCCGAGGCGUCCGUCAUGACAGUCGGAUGACCACAGUAGCGUCAAGUGACACGCCUGCCGAGUACCGAGCCUGCAGCCCCGGCGGUGACAGAGAUCAGACACCAACUGGGAGCUUUUGUCGUCGAGUCACGUCGGGAAGUGCAGUACUGCCAUAGUCUGGAGCUUCCUAACCGGCGUGCAAAAAUUAAAACCCGGUUCCUGUUCACUUAUCACGAUGUGAUCCAAGGUUGCAGCACCCCGGUACCCAUUGAGCCCAUUAGGAGAGGGUCCAUAAACCGCUGUUCAUCUUAUUCUUCAUCCUUUCCCAGCACUAUGACCUCUGAACUGGAAAGCAGCCUGACCUCAAUGGACUGGCUUCCACAGCUUGGCAUGAGAGCAGCCAUCCAGAAGACUGACAGAGAUGCGGGUGGUCUCCACCACGGUCACUAUCAUGGACAUCACCACCACCACCACCACCAUCAUCAUGGUCUCCAUCAUGGACAUCAUGGGCCAGGAAAGAAAAUCACUCAAUUGGAACCUGGAACAACUUUAGACCAGGAGGAAAGUAAUCAACAAAGAGACGGUAAACCACCAUACAGCUACGCAAGCCUCAUCACCUUUGCCAUCAAUGGCUCGCCUCGCAAACGCAUGACCCUCAGUGAGAUCUAUCAGUGGAUCUGUGACAACUUCCCCUACUACAGAGAGGCUGGCAGUGGCUGGAAGAAUUCAAUUCGACAUAACCUGUCCUUGAACAAGUGUUUUCUGAAAGUGCCUCGCUCCAAAGACGAUCCUGGCAAAGGUUCCUACUGGGCCAUAGACACCAACCCUAAAGAUGAUGCUGCACCCAGCAGGCCAAAGAAGAGGCCUCGCUCUGGAGAAAGGGCGUCAACCCCUUACAGCUUGGAGUCGGAGUCUCUGCGAAUGGACUGCAUCAUGUCAGGUGGAGCGUCUCCCACUCUGGCCCUCAACGCGGUGACAAACAAGGUAGCACUGUACAGCCCGAAAGCUGACGACUGUGAGAGCCCCGGCAGCCUGAGCAACAGUCUCUCUGAGCAGAGCAUGACAUCCAUCAAUCUGAACAGCAUGAACUCUACCGUGACCGGUGGCAGCAGUAUGCACAACUACACCCCGGCGAGUAGUCACUCCGAGCCUUCGUCCCAGUCCUUGAGUCUUCAGCAGCCCGCACGGCCUCCCCCUCCUCCUCCGCAACCCCAGUAUGCUCUGCCCGUGCCAGAGUCGCGGGACAAGCACCUUUGCUUCUCGGACUUUGAGGACUUGAGCGCGUCCUUCCGAAGCCUGUACAAGUGUGUCUUUGAGCUGUCGUUCUCGCAGCAAGCGUUGAUGGUUAUGCCCGGGGACUCGAACCAUUCUGCUCGGACAGCCUGCUCAUAUCAGCACUCACCUGGUGCGGGGAACGGAGGCAGCGGCAGCACGGGGAGUGGCGGCCACCAUCAUCAACACAACCAUCACCACGCCCACCACCCUCAGCAUCACCUGUCUACCCACGGCCAGCACCCAUCUCUUUCCCACCAGAGUCACAGUGGACAGAGUUGUCCCACGACAGGCAUGACUCCGGAUUGGUACCCAAACCUCGACUGGCUGAAGGAAAGCUGCCGCAUUGCAACAAGUUACAAUUGGGCUGAUGUAGACCUCUCUCCGUUUCAAGGCCUGAAGGAGAGCAUGCGUCAGGCGGAGCUCAACAACUGGUCCCUGGAUGCCUCUCAGAUAGCUGACCUGUGUUCGUCCGUCAACCAGUUUUUCGCGGCCACGGGCGUCAUCCCACCUCAGGGCUCUGCCCUUUCCCAACCUCAGGUCGCGCAGCCAGCAGCGCCCAGGGCACCGCAGCACCCAGCUCAGCCGCACAGCGCCAUCCACCCCAAGGCCGGCCAGCACAAUCAGCACGGUCAACUCAUUCAAACAGGAAACCUGUACAUGGACUCCAGACCGAACAUUCCGUCUCUGAUGGGCCCACCUGGAUACCCCCACAUGCCUCCCAUUAGCAGCACAGCUCCCACCAUGACGGUGGACUCCUCCGUCACGCUCUUACCAGGUGUGUGGCAUCACAGCCAGCUGAGCCAGCACAUGUUGCCGCCAGGACACUUCCAGGUAAGACGCAUGCUGGCUACUGAUGACAUCCAUGAUGACUUUGACUGGGACUCCAUCGUGUGAGCAGCAAGUCAGAGACAAGCAGUGAUGGCAACAGUAGGGCUAUGAGCCCAUUAAAAUCACUUAAGACAAUCCAAAACAACAGAGUAUUUGGCGGGAGGGGACAGAACUGGAGACAAUCAGUGGACCAACUUGUGAAGCGACACUGGUCAACGUCUUAUCAUGAGUCGCCUCUCCCUCAUGCUAAUGUGGGUGACAAGAUUUAAAACUGUCAAAACUUCAUCUGUGAAAUAUUUGCUUUUGCUUUCCUCCAUUUAUUACCACCAAGCAGUAUUUGGGCCACAUGGAAAAUAACAAGCAGCCCCCCCCCCCAAAAAAAACAAAA